GCGGUGCUUGUGAAACAUCUCCUGGACCCUGGAACUGUGGACGAACUCAGAGCAGAGUUAGCAGUUAGCACGGUAGCUGGCGGGAGGACGUCACCGUAAACAAAGGACUCCAACUGUUCCUGUGAUACCAGCUUGUGACUCUUACGGAACAGGUUUGGCGUUGGCCGAGAUUUCUUCCAGCGGAAGUGGUCACGUGACCCGGACGAGCCGCUGUUCCUGCCAGUGUUGUUGUGACCCACUCGCGGCACCGACCACUUCCGCUCUCCCCUGCCCGCCGAGGCGGCUCCUCCUGCGGCCAGCCCUCACCACUGCUCCCGCUCCCCGGAGCUCCCGCUGGACUUCAGCCCCGGCGGCAGGAGGGCGGUGUCGGUGGGCGGUUCCGAGCGGCUUCUUUUGUGCAGGAGGAAGUCAACAGAGGCGCCAGACGCUCGCGGUUCCGCACACACACGGACUCCAGGGUCCAGAGCUGUGAUGGCACCCUGACUCCUCGUCUGUGCUGGGUCCGACCCGGGGCCUCCUCCCAGGAGUGUCUUCUCUCAGAGGGGCGGAGGCAACUAACUUGUGGCCAGUGGGCGCCGUCGAGCUGCAGGCUGUGUUUGCUUUGACUCAGAGGCUGUGGGACCGAUGAGCGGCGCCGGCUCGCACCUGUCACCGGGGUCCAUCAGCAGAAAACAGUGCAGUGAAGUGACGGGUGCCGCCGGGCUCAUCAUGGAGACUGUGUGCCAGGACUCGCUGCUGGAGUGCCAGAUCUGCUUCCACUGCUACAGUGCCCGCCGGCGGCCCAAACUGCUGGACUGCCGCCACACCUGCUGCUCCGUCUGCCUGUCGCAGCUACGCGGCAGCCAGAAGGAGCUCCGCUGCCCGUGGUGCCGUGCCGUCACCACACUGGCCCCUGGCCUCUCGGUGGCGCAGUUGCCCGACGACCCGGAUGUGGUCACGGUCCUAGCCGUCCCUCACGUGUCUGAGCGCACGCCCGUGUUCAUCCGCCUACCGAGCAGCGGCUGCUACAUGCUGCCGCUGCAUGCCGCGAAGGAGUCUGCGUGCCGCUUCCUGCCGGGGGGCCAGCAGAAGGGAGUGGCUGUGGUGGCGGUGCCCGACCCACCGGGUCUGGAGGAAUCGGGGUUGGAGGAGGUGGAGCGCCAGGCCGGGGGCCCUGGCGGGGCCAGGAAGGGGUCCACGUGGUCUGGAGUCUGCACCGUCAUCCUGGUGGCGUGCGUGCUGCUCUUCCUACUGGCCAUCGUGCUGCACAACAUGUCCUGCAUCUCCAAGCGCUUCACCGUCAUCUCCUGCGGCUGACGGUGCGGAGCGCACAUCUGCUCUCACGGCUCGAAGGACGGACGAGUCCUGGGAAGCCCGGUGGCUGUCAGGCUCGCCGCGACGACCUGAGACUUUUCCUGCUUAUUACUUGCUCACUGUUUGUCAGCAGAGGGCGCUCCAGAGACACUAUGUGCUGACAGACAGGGUCCACCUGUCAUGGAAGUCCAGGAGCACAAAGGUUCAUGAAGCUCAACGAAACAGCUGCGCAGCCAUCACCUAGCAAUCCUGCUAAGAAGCAUUAGCAGCAACUUUUUCCCGCCAAAAACAGUCACCAAAUGUGCUCGUGCCAAAAUGAUUUAUUUUCCUUAGAGCUCCCCCUGCAGGUGGGAGGACUGAAGCAUGCAAGCCAUGACGCGGUGUUGUGAGCAGACGCUAACAAUAUGUGAAUGAUGAUCUGAAGUCAAAGUGCACACAUUUGUUCGCUGCUUCCACCAUCUCUUUGCAAUACUGUCAUUAGCUAGCAAUAACGAUACGCCAUAUCGAGUGGAGACGGAGUCCCUGGCUAGCUUGCGAAAAUUCCUAAUUUAGUGUAAAUAAAUCUGUUGAAUUUAUUAGCCAACAAUGCUGACGCGCUAACCUGAAGCUUCGACAUCAUUACUUGAAUGUUCCGUGCGCUAGCAACACUGGAAUGCUAAUAGAUUUAAAGUUAGCAAAGUCUAGUGGUUGUGCUAAUGUAUUGAGGAUUUGUAUGUAGUUGAUGUUGUCAAUGUUACGAGGGUGAAACCUCUGAGCUCGUGUCUCAUGUUAGCAUCCAUCGUGACGAGAAGUCAAACCAGCACCAAGAGAUUUGUAGUUUGAGUCUGACGCGAAGUAUUAGCUCUGAAAAGGCUUCAGGAACACACAGGAACUUUGUGUUGCACUCUUCAAAAUAAGAGCAUCAAACGCGUUGUUUUGUAGAAAAAGUCACUUUAAGUUUGUGUAAAUGUUUUCUAUAAUCUUAAAUCUGCACAGUUGCGUGUCAUUGUGUUUAUACGGAAGAAAUAAGUUGGAAUCUUUUUAGCCAGAAGAUUCUGAAACUUCAGUUUGUCAACUUCCUGUUUGAUGGGUAAAUAAAGAUCUUUCUACAAACUCUGGAGUCAAGAUCUAGAUCCAUCAAGCCGACACUUGGGUGCUGUUGCGCCGCCCCAAGUCUGCUGUGGGCGACUUGUUUGGCUCCCUAAACAGCGGAGCCUGGAACUGAGAAGGAAUUGUCUUGCUGUGAGAGGUGAGGGAUCGUAGUCAAAUGUUUUAUUAUCAAAGAUAGAAAAAUCAUCGACAUUCAAUACAAGGUUUGUGCCAAAAACACAAAGAUUCAAGUAGGCGUCACUGGAGGUGUGAAGACUGCAGCGGGCCGUCUUUUGUUCCACCUGUCGCCACCAGGGGGCGCGGUGACACGACAUGGCACGGUGGCAGAAAAUCGUCCAUCUGGUUGCAGAAGAAGUGCCGAUCUUGGAAAUGUCAUUGUUUUUUUUUAUCCCAAAACAGUCGAGUGUAAAAGUUGACGUACAAAAGUCGCCCUCGACCUCAUUCUCUUCCCGCUGAGCGCUCGUGGCUAACAGCUAAUUGCUAAGUACAAACGGAGGACUGUUGUGUCAAAAUGGUACAAAUAAGUUAAAAAUGUAUAAAUACGACACGCGGAAAAGAAAACGGAGCGGUCUGUGCAGAAGGCGACGGCGCCACCUGCUGACAGUCGUACCACAGAGAAGCUGCCAACUUGUUUGCGAUUAUCAAAAGGAGUCCUGGCUGUGGCAUCGAGGACCCCCCCAGUAGCUCAGACAGGAAGUGAUGGCGGCGACCUCUCCGGCUUCCUGGGAGCGCCACACGCCACAAUCCUACCACACCGGAGGAUCGUUUGUCUCCAGCACGCCGUACAUCUCGGCCAGUUUCCUGAAGCGAGGCCC